ACACACACGCCCGCACGGUUUGUUCUGUCGGCUGGGUGUGUUUCGCGUGUUUGCUGUGGAUCUAGAGAUGCAGUGAGAGAUGGUGCAUCAGGACAGCUGCUCCUAUCAGGCCCAGAAGAAUGAGCGCGAGUCUAUCCGGCAGAAGUUGGCUCUGGGCAGUUUCUUUGACGAUGGUCCGGGGAUCUACAGCAGCUGCAGCAAGAGCGGCAAACCCAGCCUCUCCUCACGGCUUCAGAGUGGGAUGAACCUGCAGAUCUGCUUCGUCAAUGACAGCGGCAGCGAUAAAGACAGCGAUGCGGACGACAGCAAGACGGAGACCAGCCUGGACACACCGCUCUCACCCAUGAGCAAGCAGAGCUCGUCGUACUCGGACAGAGACACCACAGAAGAUGACUCUGAGUCUCUGGAGGACAUGGAUUUCUUGAGUCGGCAGAAGAAACUGCAGGCCGAGGCCAAGAUGGCGCUCGCUAUGGCCAAACCAAUGGCCAAGAUGCAGGUGGAGGUGGAGAAACAGAACCGCAAGAAGUCGCCUGUCGCAGAUCUGCUUCCGCACAUGCCGCACAUCAGUGAGUGUCUGAUGAAGAGGAGUUUGAAGCCCACAGACCUCAGAGAUAUGACCCACGGACAGCUGCAGGUCAUCGUCAAUGAUCUGCACUCACAGAUCGAGGGUCUAAAUGAGGAGCUGGUGCAGCUGCUGCUGAUGCGAGAUGAGCUUCACAUGGAGCAGGACGCCAUGUUAGUGGACAUCGAGGAUUUGACCAGGCACGCUCAGAGCCAGCAGAAACACAUGGCGGAGAAAACGCCCUCCAAAUGAAUCCGCACAUCGGCCACUGCAUCAGUAUAGAGACAGACACCUUUGCUUUGCUUCUGUGGUUCAUGACUGCUGACGAUCGCUCACUUCUUCACUAACUAAACCGAGAAGAGAAUCCAGGAGGUUUCAGAGCCCGACGGGACGUCCUGGAUGCUGCAGUGAUCAGCCUUCGCUUCCUCAUAGAUCUUUUACGUUUGCCACUAAAUUAUAACUGUCGAAACAAAAAAAUGGUGUAAAAGCACCUCGUGAAAAUGUCCAGCGCUAUCUCACAGCAAUUCGUAACGUUUUCAUUCAGUGGCUGAUUUGUAUGAUCUCAUUCAUCCAAUUUAGUACGAUUUGCUGAUCCCCCAAUGGACCCUUUUCAUGUUAGAGUUUCUCUCAGCAGCAGAUAGUUGGCAAACUCAGAGCGCAGGAAUGGGAGAGCACAACAAAUCAUUAUUUUAUGAUCAUAUUAGCUGAAAUAAUAACAGAACAACUUCAGGAUGGUGUUAUCAAGACUUUCAGA